GUAUAAGCUUGGCAAUUACAGAGCAAAGGUGAGGCACCCUGGACUACCAGAGCUAAAUGUAAACUCUCGAAAGAAAAAAUUGGCUGCAGACUCCAGCACUCUGUGUAGACACUUGAAAAAGGCGACGAAAUCUGAGGUAAACUACCUCCCACCCCACUCUGGUGAAACUGAUGCAACACUUGAGAAGGAGCGAGUGGAGAUUCUCUAUGAGUACAAGAAAAGAGACAAUAACAAACUCAUAAAUGAAAAGAUGGCAAAAACCUUCUCACUGUGUCGAAAUGAUGUAAUCCUCAACAAACCACCUGUGAUUGACUUCAAAGCUCGAUGGCCUGCCUUGUUUGAGUUUUCCCAGAUUGAGGAGGAAUUCCGCAGGAUCACACUGAAGCCACUUCUGUCCACAUUCCUGGGCAAGUUGGACCAAUACACACCCCAGCUGUUGAGCCUGUACAGGAGGAAGGGUGGAGCCGUUGGGAAGAAACUUGAUGAGACCCUUGACAUGCUGAAUGAGGACAGCAACAUUGAGUCCCGAAGAGAAGUUGUGAUCAGAGGCCUCAUUCUCUACCUUGGUGAAAACACUGGAGAGUUAAUCAAGGACUUCCAGGUUUUCGAUGACGACGAUGCUGCAGCUGUCCAAGAAGCCAUUACUACAUUUGUCCUCGGCAUCUUUGUGGUCAGCAAAGCCAGGGAUGGUCUCCCCAAGCAAGCUGGAAUAGCCAUCGAGGGAGCAGAAGUCCUUUUUGGUAUCCCAGAUGUGGCACAUGCUUGCACCUAUCUGAUGGGCCUUAUCUAUGCCUUGGAACUAAGGUACCCUAAUAAACUGAAAUACACAUUUGAGGUCUUUCAGAAGAUCUUUUUGGAGCUGGAGGAUGCAAACAAAAAAAUGUCCUCCAAAGUCCAUGAUCUCAAAGUCUGUUUGCAUGCUUAAAAGCCAUACAGAUGGUGUUGAAAGUAUAGGAUUUGAGUGAACUCACUCUUGUCAAGUUUGACAGUUAGUUUUACACUGCACAUUCUGAGGUUCUCCCAAUGCACUCUCUCAGGUUACACUACUUGUUUCUUUAUUAUGUGAUGCUGGAAAAUACUUAAUUUGAUUGAAUAUGAUGAUGCUGGUGCAUGCUUAAUUUUGUUAUGUAUUGCGCAUUCUAUCUGUUCUCUGCACUUUAAAUGGCACACAUAAUGGAUGUAGCUGUUUUGACAGCUAGGAUUUCAUUUAGUUAUAGUGUUCUGAUCUCUAAGAAAGAUUGUCA